AUGCUCUCGCGAUCGCUUCUGGUAGCUGGCCGCCAGGUCGUCGCCGGGCAGAGGAGGGGCCUCCACAAAGGUGUGGACUCUACCCCGCCGCUUCGUUUUAUCUCCGUUCCCGAGAAGGCUGCCCUCUAUUUGACCAUCGCGCUCACCUUCAUGUCGUACCCAACCAGUGUGCUGCUUCGUCUGGAUUCCCUGCGCCCCAGGGCUGAGAACUCGCUGUCGCCCGAAGUCCAGGAGCAAAUCGAGGCUAUCCGUGCGUCGCGCCAGAAG